GGGCCUCUGCUCAUGGCUGAGCAGCCUUUGUCAGACAGGCCUCCGCGACUCCUGUGGAAAUAGUGAGACAACACCGUGACCUCGCCACCUCAACAGCUGUACAUGUCAACAAAACGCAACUUUUACCGGGGCCGGUGGCGGAGGAUGUUGAGGAGCGUCGCGCAGUGCGCCAGCGGCACCUGAGGAGACGCGUGCUCAGCGCCAUUCCGAGCAGACAGGGACGGCCGGCGCGGCGGCGGAGCGAGGGCAGAGCUGGAACUGCUCCAGCAAACGGCAGAUCAUGGCGAUGUGAGGCCGUAACCAGGAGGCACCGUGGAGCACGGGAGCCCUCCAGCAGCGCUCUCACGCUGGAGUUACUUGACUCAGCCUGAUACACCAGGAGAAAUAAUAACCCAGGAGAGUUUCGCUGGUUUGGUGAGGUGAACUGCAUCAGUGUGUGGUGAGCCAGGCACCAGAGCUGGCACAGGGACGCGCCGUCCCGUUUGCAUCAGUGCCACGUGGCCACUGGAACGGGCCGUCUCCUCCGGGAAACUUUGCCCUCAGCAGACAAAUGCAAACUGAUCUGUGAAAUAGACAAAAUAAUAAUAAUUUAAAAGAUCUUUGGAUUAGCAUUCUUAAUAGAUUUGAAUGACACUAGGAAGACAGUUGCUCCAGCCAGAAAAUGGCGCAGUAAUCAAGAUGGAAGAUAAUUAGAAUGUGAAUGAACACGCUAAUUGAGUGGCAGGACAGUAAAAGUUAUGUCCACCCACAGUAAUCCUCAACGGUUCAAUGUGACCCCGUGAGCCAGGUCAGGCUCCCCCUCGAGCGGGUGACACCCACAUUUCGGUGCUGAGUGGAGGUCCGGUGACGGUGACGUGGCCGCGGUCGAGUGGCAACGCAGCCAGGAGAAUGUGGAGCUGCGGUUUGGGCACAGGGAGUCGGAGCUGUUGGGCACCGAGCGUCACACCAGGAGAUUUUGAGCUGGACGUGACUCCAACUGCAACUGUCUGUCCAGAUUUUUGGACAAGUGGGGAAAGACAUAAAAAGCAACAGUAAAAGUAAAAAAGAAAAAAAAAAAGCUCUGGAGGAAGAUUGUACCAGGAAAACUGCAAAGAAACCUUAUCAACUCAUUUAUCCAAGCCACAAAUAUGAUGAUGAUGAAAGAAGAUUGUAACUAAAGAAGAGAGUGAUUUACUGCACUGGGAAGGAGAGAGUGGAAUAAACAGCUGAGAUCUGGUCAAAACACAAAUACUGUUUUUUUUGUUGCUUUCUUUGGCUUCUUUUCUUUUCCUUCUGCGGGGUGCGUGUGCAAGAGCGAAGCGGCGCCAGGAGCCGGCAGAGCCCGCGGCUGCCCCGCGCCCGCGCCCGCGCUGCGCCCGCCCGGCCCGGCCGCCAUGGACGAUCAGUCCCGGAUGCUGCAGACUCUGGCCGGCGUGAACCUGGCCGGGCACUCGGUGCAGGGGGGCAUGGCCCUGCCGCCCCCCCACGGACACGACGGGGCCGACGGCGACGGCAGGAAGCAGGACAUCGGCGACAUCCUCCACCAGAUCAUGACCAUCACUGACCAAAGCCUGGAUGAGGCACAAGCAAAGAAGCACGCACUGAACUGCCACAGGAUGAAGCCCGCCUUGUUCAGCGUCCUCUGCGAGAUCAAGGAGAAAACAGGUUUGAGCAUCCGAGGAGCCCAGGAGGAAGACCCUCCCGAUCCCCAGCUAAUGAGACUAGACAAUAUGCUUCUGGCAGAAGGAGUCUCAGGUCCGGAGAAAGGUGGGGGAUCAGCGGCAGCAGCUGCAGCCGCAGCAGCCUCUGGAGGGUCUUCAGAUAACUCUAUUGAACACUCAGAUUACAGAGCCAAAUUGACCCAGAUCAGACAAAUCUAUCACACAGAGCUGGAGAAAUAUGAACAGGCAUGUAAUGAAUUUACCACACAUGUGAUGAACCUUCUCAGAGAACAGAGCCGGACACGUCCCAUUUCUCCCAAGGAGAUUGAAAGGAUGGUGGGCAUCAUUCAUCGAAAAUUCAGCUCCAUCCAGAUGCAGCUCAAACAAAGUACUUGUGAAGCAGUAAUGAUUUUAAGAUCAAGGUUCCUUGAUGCCAGGCGGAAAAGGCGUAACUUCAGUAAACAAGCCACAGAAAUCUUGAAUGAGUAUUUUUACUCCCACCUCAGUAACCCCUACCCCAGUGAAGAAGCCAAAGAAGAGCUGGCAAAGAAAUGCAGCAUCACAGUAUCGCAGGUGUCCAACUGGUUUGGCAAUAAGAGAAUCAGGUACAAGAAGAACAUCGGCAAGUUCCAGGAAGAAGCCAACCUCUACGCAGCCAAGACGGCUGUGACCGCAGCGCACGCCGUGGCCGCGGCCGUCCAGAACAACCAGACAAACUCCCCCACCACACCGAACUCUGGUUCUUCUGGUUCUUUUAACCUCCCAAAUUCUGGGGACAUGUUCAUGAACAUGCAGAGUCUGAAUGGGGAUUCUUACCAGGGGUCCCAAGUCGGAGCCAAUGUGCAGUCACAGGUGGAUACCCUGCGUCAUGUUAUCAAUCAGACGGGAGGAUACAAUGAUGGCUUGGGAGGAAAUUCACUGUACAGUCCACAUAAUUUAAAUGCUAAUGGAGGCUGGCAGGACGCAACUACUCCAUCUUCUGUGACUUCCCCUACAGAAGGGCCGGGAAGUGUGCACUCUGAUACCUCUAACUAAUCUCCUAGCAACACUUUUUCCCUGCGCUGAGAUGCCUUGAUUAGCGCAUUCAGAGUCACAGGAGAAAAAGGAAAGAGUUUUUGUAGCCAACCACCUACAGCUUUACUGUAAAACCUUGUCUUAUUAGGAAACUUGGUAAAUCUGUUUUUUAAAGGUAUCAUAAUCAUUUGUAUUUAUACUUAAAACACACAAUGUUAAAAAGCACUUUAUCCAAUUAGGCCAAGAUUUAGCAUUGUUUAUAGCCCUGUAACUAUUUUAUCAUAAUUUAUUAUCAGCAGUUUUAACAGCGUUGGUCUAACAGUUGCCAAUUACUUGGUCUUAAGGGUAAAAGUACAGGACAAGCUUAACCUCAAUAGCGAGAGCAGACACAAAGCAACACCUCACCCAAAUUUAACUCUGUGCAUAUUCUCAUGGAAAGUCAAGAUGAAUUGCAGACUUUGAUUGUGUUUAAUCUUUUCAUAUCUCUUAUAGAGUUGGAAUAAAAAGAGCUGUUCGGUUAUUUCGGUUAAUGGUUGUGUUUAAGAAUCCUUAUUCGUCACAUUUUUGUUGUGAUCUAUUGUCUUACCAAUUAGAUUGGAAAGCAGGAGCAUCUUUUCUUGCCGAAGCCCCGACCCGCGUCUCCUCGUGUCCCGGUGCGGCCGCGGCGGCUCCGGCCGCCGGCGCUGCUGCUCCCGGGUUUUACAGUACGAGCUGGUGCUGCCCGCGCCUGCCGGCGCCUCCGCUGGCGGCAAACAAAGGGAAAGCACCAUCAUAUGGAGUGUUGUACAUAGUGUAGCAAAAGAGUAUUUAUACAUCUCACCAAUCAAACACAGCUUUAUUACCUCAUGCGAACUCAUACGAACCAAUAGACUUUCAACAUGUUCUGUAGCUUAGAGUGCUCACUUACUACCUCUGAACGAUACUCACGCUGUAGUUUGUCUCUUUCUUAUCUUUUUGCAUCUUGUAAUUAACUCUUUGUUUCCCCAUGAAAUGUAAUGUACAUUGUAAUCUUUUAAAAGAAUCAGGGUUGCGUUGGCAACUUUUACAGAAGCGAAGUGGAAACAUGGGGACUUGUUUAACACAAAACAGUGAAACUGUUGUAAAUACUGAGAAACAUUUUGAAUGUUCUUCAUCUUGUUCCUAAUCCACGCAAAACCCAACAACUAAUUGUAAUGCAUACAGACAUCAGUAUUCAGUACUGUACAUUUCCCCUGUGUGACAGGGGGCCCUUUCUUUCUCUCUUUUGUAUUGUAUGCGAUUCUGAAACUGAUUGAGUCAUGAAAAUAAUUUGUGGCAGUGAUUCUAAUGUAUUAAACCGUUUCGUGUUACUUUCUAACUGGAUUACACCCUGGAUUGAAGAGUCUUCCUCGUGGUAGUUCUAUGUAGUUUCGAACAUGAAUAAACUUUUUGCUUUCAUGAUGAA